GGGGCUGACCCGGGAGCUGGUGGACCAGGGCUGGUGCUGCAAGGACUCUGGAGGAGCAGGACUCUGACGGGGCAGCCGCCGGAGCUGCAGAACCGAGUUGAAGGGCCGCUCUCUCUCUUGGGUGCUUGCCAUCGCCAUGUGGGGCGCAGUGAGGUCAGCUCUGCGGCCCUGCAGUCGGGCCGCUGUACCCCGGCAGCGCGCCUAUCACGGGGACUCGGUGGCCCGACUGGGCACUCAGCCUGACUCGGGCUCCUCCACCUACCAGGAGAACUAUGAGCAGAUGAAAGCUUUAGUGAGUCAACUUCAUGAACGGGCCCAGUAUAUAAGACUAGGAGGGAGUGAGAAAGCCCGAGCACGGCACACAUCAAGAGGAAAACUGUUACCCAGAGACAGAAUCGACAAUCUCAUAGACCCAGGGUCUCCCUUUCUGGAAUUUUCCCAGUUUGCAGGUUACCAGUUAUAUGGCAACGAGGAAGUCCCCGCCGGUGGCAUCAUUACGGGCAUUGGGCGAGUGUCGGGGGUGGAAUGCAUGAUUGUGGCUAACGAUGCCACCGUCAAAGGAGGCACCUACUACCCAGUGACUGUGAAGAAGCACGUACGGGCACAAGAGAUCGCACUGCAGAACAGGCUCCCGUGCAUCUAUCUGGUUGACUCAGGAGGGGCCAAUUUACCUCGGCAAGCAGACACCUUUCCAGACAGGGACCACUUUGGCCGCAUAUUCUAUAAUCAAGCAAUUAUGUCUUCUAAAAAUAUCACACAGAUAGCUGUGGUCAUGGGCUCCUGUACAGCAGGAGGUGCAUAUGUGCCUGCAAUGGCUGAUGAAAACAUCAUUGUACAAAAGCAGGGUACCAUCUUCUUGGCUGGACCACCCUUGGUGAAGGCAGCUACUGGCGAAGAAGUAUCUGCUGAGGAUCUCGGAGGCGCUGACCUGCAUUGCAGAAAGUCUGGGGUCACUGACCACUAUGCUUUGGACGACCACCACGCCCUUCACUUAACAAGGAAGGUUGUGAGGAGUCUCAAUUAUCAGAAGAAACUGGAUGUUACCGUUGAGCCUUCUGAAGAACCCUUGUUCCCCGCAGAUGAACUGUAUGGAAUAGUUGGUGCGAACCUUAAGAGAAGCUUUGAUGUCCGAGAGGUCAUCGCUAGAAUCGUGGAUGGAAGCAGAUUCAAUGAGUUCAAGGCCUUAUAUGGAGACACGCUAGUUACAGGAUUUGCUCGAAUAUUUGGGUACCCCGUUGGCAUCAUUGGCAACAAUGGAGUUUUGUUUUCUGAAUCUGCGAAAAAGGGCGCCCACUUCGUCCAGCUGUGCUGCCAAAGAAAUAUCCCCCUGCUGUUUCUCCAGAACAUCACUGGAUUCAUGGUUGGUAGAGACUAUGAAGCCGAAGGAAUUGCCAAGGAUGGUGCCAAGAUGGUAGCUGCAGUAGCCUGUGCCAGAGUGCCUAAGAUAACUGUCAUAAUUGGGGGAUCGUAUGGGGCUGGAAACUACGGAAUGUGUGGCCGAGCAUACAGUCCAAGGUUUCUCUACAUGUGGCCAAAUGCCCGCAUCUCAGUGAUGGGAGGAGAGCAGGCAGCCACCGUGUUAGCCACAGUGGCAAGAGACCAGAAAGCACGCGAGGGGAAGCAGUUCUCCAGUGCAGAGGAGGCAGCUCUGAAAGAGCCCAUCAUUAAGAGGUUCGAAGAGGAAGGGAGUCCUUACUACUCCAGUGCAAGAUUGUGGGAUGACGGGAUUAUUGACCCCGUGGACACCAGGCUGGUUCUGGGGCUCAGCCUCAGUGCAGCCCUCAAUGCCCCCAUCCAGAGGACUGACUUUGGCAUCUUCAGGAUGUAACCCAGAUAUGGAACAUGGUGCCACACCUGUAACAAAAAUUAACACGUGUAACUGGCCUUAAGAUGAGAUUUACUGGACAUGUACCUGUCACAGGAAUUCUUUUCUUAACAGUAUGAUGUAUGUUUUACUUUUAUUCUUUUUGUAAAAAUCAGUGAGUAUUCUGCUUGAUGAACUUCGAUUUUUUUAAAAAGUUUUUUCUUAUAUUUUUCAUGGCACAUUUUUACCACCCAUAAAAUGAAGAGAGUGAUUUUACACAUAUCCUUUGAGUACCACAAACAGUAUGAAAAAUAAAUCUCUUUAAUCUAUACA